AUUCGCAGAAUCUCAUCAUUGGUUUGAGUGUCGGUUUAUCUUUGUUUACAAUCCUCUUUGUGAGCAUUUGGAUUAUUUUUUGCUGUUGGGUAAAGCAAAAUAAAGCAAAAAAUAGGGUGGAAAACAAUGAACCACUGGAUCUAUUUAAAUCUCAAACUGACAGAAAGUGAGUAAAUAAAAUGAUCUUUGGCUGAAAGUUAAAUAUUCCUACAUGUUCAUAGUCUUUCAACCACUUAUCUUUUAUAUAAAUUUAUUUGGAUUCACUUCCAUUUUAAAUCGCUUCAUAUUUUUAAAAAAAAUUUCUUAUAGUUUUUGCUAAUCAGCUGAAAACUAAGUGUCAUCCAAAAAAUGUUUUUCAUUGAUUUUUUUAUAUUGCAGGAGCACUUUGUCCAAACAACUUAGCACUCAUGGUGGUGGUGAUGACCAAAGUCAGGGGACAGAGGAUAAUACUGACGGUUCUUCCUGGCGAAACAGUAAGCAAAUAUUAUUCCUUAAGAAGCAGUGUCAUGUUUCAUUAUGGUUUUGAAGAUUUAAUCUGUUUAAGAUUUGGCUUUUAGAAUGAAUGAUGCAUAACAAAAGCGUGAGAAAAAUAGUAUGCAAAGAAAAUGAUACAAAUACUAGUGAUACUAACAAUAUCAAUGUAAUUAGAAUUUUAAAUAUUUAUAAAAAUACAAAUUCAAAAUUUAAAAAGCAAGCCAAAAAUAAAUCAAAUUACAAUACAAGUACGCUCCUCCAAAAAUACAAAUAGUAAUUUUCACACAUACAAUUAUAUAAUGUCUCAUAUAUGUAAGUAAAUAUAGUAGAAACUAUAAAAGAAAUUGUAGAUAAUUAUAAUAUCAAUAGAGUCAAACCCACUUAUCUUGACCCCACUUAUCUUGACCCUGGUUAACUCGCCAACCCCAUUAAGUCAACGUUUUGAUUUGAAUCUGCCAAAUUCUCUCUCUUUGUCUAGCAUUUUCUCAUUGGUUUUGUUGAUUCUUAUAUGUUGCCAAACCCUAAUAUCUCGAGCACAAAAGGGGGUAAAAUUUGCCAUUUAACUUGAUCACCACGACCAAUUGCCGGCUUUUGAACUCCGCAAGAAGAAAUAGCAAACUAAAAAUAAACAAGUUUUGCAUAAUUAAAAAUAAUUACUAGUUCUUUACAUACAGAAGCAAAAGAAUCCCUAUAAUGGGUCUUAUUUGAAAUCGCGAAAAUUAAGAAAACAACAGAACCUGUCAAUCGCCAAUAAUUUCAAGCAAAAUUUGGUAUUUUCCCGAACUAUUUUGUGAUUCCCAUGAUCAAGCACUGACCUUUGAAUAAAAUAAUUAUUUUGUUGUGUGGGAAUUCUGUUUUUAUCAACUACUGCCGAUCGCUUUAUCAAACUAACUGCGGCAACACUGUUGUGUAAAAGAAAAGAAAAAACUCCAAAAAUGUACAGUCUCCUUUACUAAUGCACAUCAUAUAAUUAUAAUAUAUAAAGAAAUUUCAAGCACAUGUUAACGUAUUGCCGCCAUAUUGCUUUUCGUUUACCUCGAUCAUCGGUUAUCUCGACGCUUUUUGGCAAAUGCCUAGGCCGGCUGAAUAAUGGGGUUCAACUGUAAUAUUUAUUUCUUGAAGUAGAGGACAUAAUAGCGAAUAAAAAUUGAUUUUUAUGACAGGUGUGCUUGCUUAUCAAAGUUCAAAUUCAAGAAUAACAAGGCCUAAAUUGUUGGUAAGUGGUUCAAUGCAGAACACAUCCAGUGAUACCAAGUACAGAGGUCAUCAAGGCUCUGCAGGUAGGGCUUUAUCAUUUUUCAAAGUAUAUUUUUUUUAAAUAAAGGAGUAGUUUCACUUAUUUUUUUUUUAAAAAGCAACUUUGAAAAGAGGCAACAUCUUUAAUAUCUUAUAUUAUCAAUGGUUAAUCUUAAUUUUAAAAAAUACCAUUUCACAUAUUGAUUCCAAUAUUCCAUUAUGAAAAUAUCACACAUUUUAAAAGAUCUUUUGAUGCAAUAAUGUGCGGUAGAAUAAAGACUUUUUAGUAAGUGUUUUUGAUUUCUCACUAUUAUAUUUAGUGCUUUAGUAUUUUAUAUCAUUUUUUUUAUCUUCAUUUUGUCUAACAUUUUUGGUGAUUUAGACAAUACUCCUCCACUUAACAUGCAGUUUACUUUUAGAAUAUAAAAACUGCAAUUAUUAAAAAAUACCUGUUUAAGAAGUAAAUGAUAAUUGCAUAUUUAAUUUUACUUUCAGAUAUUAAUGGUUCAGGAAAUGAGAUGAUGACUUCUUAUAACUUAUAA